UCCUCUUCCCCUCCAGCUGAUCCAGUUGUCUCCUCUUCCCCUCCAGCUCAUCCAGUUGUCUCCUCUUCUCCUGAAUGACCCCCAAGGAUGGACAAGGACAGGAAUGAGAUGACUAAGAGAAUAUUACACUUCACCUUGGAGAUCCUCCACCUGCUGACCGGAGAGGAUUACACCAUAGUGAAGAAGACAUGGGGGGAGUGUGUGGCCCCCAGCAGCCAUCUCCAUGAGUCAGGAGGACGGAGCAGGGCCCGGGGCCCCAUCAUGGAGCCUCCACCUCACUCACUGAUACAUGAGGAGAAGAUCCUAGAACUCACCCACAGGAUCACUGAGCUGCUGACUGGAGAGGUUCCUAUAAGGUGUCAGGAUGUGGCGGUCUAUUUCUCCAUGGAGGAGUGGGAGUAUGUAGAAGGACACAAGGAUCUGUACCAGGACAUAGUCAUGAUGGAGGAUCACCGGCCCCUCACAUCACAAGAUGGAGUCAUUGAUGGAAAUCCACCCGAGAGGUGUCCCCGCCCUCUGUAUUCCCAGGACCGUCCAGAGGGAAAUGUCCCAGAGAAGCAUCAGGGCGAUUAUCUCCUGGAUGUAAAGGUUGAGGUUAUAGAUGGUGAAGAAGAGGAAACUGAUUUCAGGGCCAAUCAGCAGCAUGGAGUAAUGAAUAGAAAUCCACUCGAGAGGUGUCCCCGCCCUCUGUAUUCCCAGGACUGUCCAGAGGGAAAUGUCCCAGAGAACCAGGAGAUUCCAGGAGGUGUUACCCCAGGAAAUGUCAGAAAGAAGGAAACGUCAGAGAUCAUGGAGCGCUCCUCAGGAGAAGAUGGAGAGAUCAGGGAGCGCUCCUCAGGAGAAGAUGGAGAGAUUAUGGAGCGCUCCUCAGGAGAAGAUGGAGAGAUUAUGGAGCGCUCCUCAGGAGAAGAUGGAGAGAUCAUGGAGCGCUCCUCAGGACAGGAUGGAGAGAUCAUGGAGCGCUCCUCAGGAGAAGACCUCCUUACCCCUAAUGUCCAUCCAGAUCUAUCAUAUAAUAUUCCCCCUUCUCACCAACCACACAUUGUUAUCACAUGGACAGGUCAGGAAGGGGAGGAAAGGAUCCAAUGUGAUGAAUGUGGGAAAUGGUUUAUAAAUAGAUCAGCUCUUGUUAGGCACAGAAAGUGUCACAGAAGAAAGAAGCGGUUUGUGUGUACAGAAUGCGGGCAGCGCUGUACAACGCAAUCACAUCUUGAUAUACAUAAGAGAAUUCACACAGGAGAGAAGCCAUAUUCCUGUUCAGAGUGUGAGAAAUGUUUUAAAAGUAAAUCACAUCUUGUUAGACACAAGAGAUAUCACACAGGAGAGAAGCCAUAUUCAUGUGCAGAAUGUGGGAAAUCUUUUAGACAAAAAUCAGAUCUUAUUACACAUGAGAGAAUUCACACAGGAGAGAAGCCAUAUUCAUGUUUUGAAUGUGGAAAAUCUUUUGGAGUUAAAUCAACUUUGGUUAAACAUGAGAGGAUUCACUCAGGAGAGAAGCCCUAUUCAUGUUCGGUAUGUGGGAAAUCUUUUAUAGUUAAAUCAACUCUUAUUGAACAUGAGAGAAUUCACACAGGAGAGAAGCCAUAUUUAUGUUCAGAAUGUGGGAAAUGUUUUAUACGGAAAUCAGAGCUUGUUACUCAUGAGAGAAGUCACACAGUAGAGAAUUCAGUAUUGACUACUGCUGACACUGUCUGUGCCGAGAUUCGGGAAUAUCUUGCCCUGAAUAUGGGUUCGGCCUCAGCCUCUACGGUGUGGGAUUCCCUUAAAGCUUACUUGCGUGGGCUUUUUAUACGUGAUAUAAGUAUACAUAAAUCGUUCACAAGGGAGAAGGGGGAGAAGCUGAGAUUGUCUAUGGUGGGAGCUGAGCAUGCGUAUGUCUCGGCUCCCUCCCAGAUGACGGAAGAGGUUUGGUUGCAGGUACAAGGAGAUUAUAAAGUGUACUUGGAGGAAGCUGCUGAGUAUAAACGCUUUUUUGUUAAGCAGAGAUAUUUUGAAUGUGGUGAAAGUACUGGUAAAUUGCUGGCCUCGGUUGCUAGAGCGCAGCAGGGGAUUUCGUUUAUUAGCUGUUUGAGGGAUGAACAGGGUUGCGAGGUCACUGAUGAUAAUGGGAUUAUGGAAAUAAUGUUGGCUUUUUAUAAGGAUGCGUAUUCGACUAGGGUCUCCUGUUCCGAGGGGGCGCUGGGGGAAUAUGUCCGCAGUGCUAGUUUGCCUUGCCUUACUCGGGAGCAGAGGGGAGAGCUGGACUCUCCCAUCUCUCUAGAGGAACUGGAACAGGCAUUGAAAGAUGCAAAUAAUGAAAGAGCCCCGGGCCCGGAUGGUCUCCCUUGUGAGGUGUAUAAAAAAUUCUCAGGUGUUUUACUGCCGCAGCUGUUGCGGGUGGUUGAGUCAGCGGUUUCAGAGGGUUCGUUGCCUCGCUCCAUGAUGGAAGCCAUCAUUGUACUCAUUCCUAAGCCUGGAAAGGACCCUCUUUGUGCGGGUUCAUAUAGGCCGAUCUCACUUUUGUGUACAGAUGUGAAGCUGCUGGCUCGGGUACUCGCUAACAGGCUGGCUGGGGUCAUACUUUCACUGAUCCAUGGGGAUCAGACUGGAUUUAUGCCCGGCAAAUCCACAGUUGAUAACAUUAGGAGGGUGUAUCUCAAUUUACAGAUGUCCCAGGAUGGUGCGGGGGCCCGAUCGUUUUUUUCGUUGGACGCUGCCAAGGCAUUUGACAGUGUCGAAUGGAACUACUUAUGGAGUGUGAUGAGGGCCAUGGGGUUUGGUGACAGAUUCCUUUCUUACGUUAAGCUUCUCUACCGGUGCCCGACUGCCCGUCUCAGAAUUAAUGGCAGGACCUCCUCGACCUUUGACCUGCAGAGAGGUACGCGACAGGGGUGUCCCCUGUCGCCCCUGCUCUUUGCCAUAGCUAUUGAACCUCUGGCUAACAUUCUAAGGAUGUCACCUGAUGUAAGGGGGUUUCGGUAUGGGACUGUGGAAGAAAAGGUGGCUCUAUAUGCUGACGACAUGUUGUUGUUUUUGGGAGACACAGCUCACUCACUGGCCCCGGUGAUGUCCCUCAUUACAGAAUUUGGGUCGUAUUCAGGUUUACUCAUUAACUGGGACAAGUCGGUCCUGUUACCUCUGGAACCUUUACCAGAGGUGCCUCAGAUAACUAUUUCUAAGAUACAAAUAGUCUCUAGCUUUAAAUAUUUAGGUAUUCACAUUACUCCCUCCUUACAUGAUUUUGUUCCUCGCAAUCUACUCCCCAUUCUAGAUAAAAGCUCCCAAAAAGUGUCCGUAUGGUGUAAGCUCCCACUAUCGGUAGUUGGACGUACUAAUCUAGUCAAAAUGGUUCUUAUGCCGCAACUGUUAUACAUAUUGCAGAAUUCCCCGGUGUGGAUAGAGAUGGCUCACUUUCAGAGAAUUCAGAGACUAUUCAGGUUACUGAUUCGCCAUGCCUAUGAAUCGCAGAAUCGGGUGAGGGAAUUACGGGUACAGUCUAAUAGGGUUCUGGAAUCUACUGUGACUAAACGUGAUUCUGCUGUUAUAAUUUCCUGGCUUUAUGGGGAACUACUUGGCUUCCAUCAUGAGAGAUUCCCUUUGACGGUUCGGUCUAAGUGGGAGAGGGACCUUGGGGUCCUGACUGAUGAGGAAUGGAGUACUGUGCUGGCACUUACCCCUUCUUUGUCUCUAUCGGAAUCUAAUAGGCUGUCUCAAUUGUUCUUUAUUCACAGGGUUUAUAGGACUCCCUCAUUUCUUCAUAUGAUAGGGGUUCGGUCUGACUCGGCUUGUCCGCGAUGUGGUGAGCUGGAGGCACACCUGGUACACAUGAUGUGGACGUGCCCUUGUUUGCUGACUUACUGGACUGAGGUGCUGCAGCUCAUUAGAACAGUGUAUAGGGUGACCGUUAAUAGAACUCCCAAGGAAUGCCUACUUGGACUUAUAGGUUGUGGUCGGGAGCCCUCCCUGGCAGAAGUUGGGAUCCUGAGAAUCUUAUAUCAAGCCAGGAAGUUGAUCGCUCAGUAUUGGAUCAGAUCCUCUCCUCCGGGUGUGGCUGAUCUCAUUGCAAGAGUAGCUCACAUAGUGAAACUUGAAAAGGGGAUCUAUACUAAGUGCAAAGUGGAGAGGAAGUUUGAUGGUGUCUGGGGUCCCUGGGUGCAAAGCUUUGAUCCCCCUGCAGAAUUGUCUUCUCUUCUCCUCCAGCUGAUCCAGUUGUCUCAUCUUCUCCUCCAGCUGAUCCAGUUGUCUCCUCUUCCCCUCCAGCUGAUCCAGUUGUCUCCUCUUCCCCUCCAGCUGAUCCAGUUGUCUCCUCUUCCCCUCCAGCUGAUCCAGUUGUCUCCUCUUCUCCUCCAGCUGAUCCAGUUGUCUCCUCUUCUCCUCCAGUUGUCUCCUCUUCUCCUGAAUGACCCCCCAAAGAUGGACAAGGACAGGAAUCAGACGACUAAGAGAAUAUUACACUUCACCUUGGAGAUCCUCCACCUGCUGACCGGAGAGGAUUACACCAUAGUGAAGAAGACAUGGGGGGAGUGUGUGGCCCCCAGCAGCCAUCUCCAUGAGUCAGGAGGACGGAGCAGGGCCCGGGGCCCCAUCACGGAGCCUCCACCUCACUUACUGAUACAUGAGAAGAAGAUCCUAGAACUCAUCCACAGGAUCACUGAGCUGCUGACUAGAGAGGUUCCUAUAAGGUGUCAGGAUGUGGCGGUCUAUUUCUCCAUGGAGGAGUGGGAGUAUGUAGAAGGACACAAGGAUCUGUACCAGGACAUAGUCAUGAUGGAGGAUCACCGGCCCCUCACAUCACAAGAUGGAGUCAUUGAUAGAAAUCCUCCCGAGAGGUGUCCCCGUCAUCUGUAUUCCCAGGACUGUCCAGAGGGAAAUGUCCCAGAGAAGCAUCAGGGGGGAGAUCUGACUAAUAAUAAAGUGGAGGAUGAAGAAGAGAGGAUGAGCGGCCAUCACCCGUGUAUGAGGGAAGUGAAGGAGGAAAUUCCAGGAGGUGUUACCCCAGUGAUCAUGGAGCGCUUCUCAGGAGAAGGUGGAGAGAUCAUGGAGUGCUCCUCAGGAGAAGAUGGAGGGAUCAUGGAGCGCUUCUCAGGAGAAGAUGGAGAGAUCAUGGAGCGCUCCUCAGGAAAAGACCUCCUUACCCCUAAUGUCCAUCCAGAUCUAUCCUAUAAUAAUUCUCCUGAUCAUGGGGAACCUUCUCCUCACCAACCACACAUUGUUACCACAAGGACAGGUCAGAAAAAGUUUCAAUGUAAUGAAUGCGGAAAAGAGUUUACAACAAGCUCGGGUCUUUUUUCACACAAAAGAAGUCACACAGGAGAGAAGCCACAUCCAUGUGCUGAAUGUGGGAAAUGUUUUAUGUAUAAAUCACAUCUUGUUAUACAUAAGAGAAUUCACACUGGAGAGAAGCCUUAUUCAUGUUCAGAAUGUGGGAAAUGUUUUAUACAAAAAUUCCAUCUUGUUUUACACAAUAGAGGUCACACCGGAGAGAAGCCAUUUCCAUGUUUAGAAUGUGGAAAAUGCUUUACAAAUAAAUCAGAUCUUGUUAAACAUGAACGAAGUCACACAGGAGAGAAGCCGUAUUCAUGUGUAGAAUGUGGGAAAUGUUUUACAGAUAAAUCUACUCUUGUUAGACAUGAGAGAAGUCACACAGGAGAGAAACCAUAUUCAUGUGCAGAAUGUGGGAAAUGUUUUACAGAUAAAUUAAGUCUUAAUAGACACGAAAGAAGUCACACAGGAGAGAAGCCAUUUUCAUGUGCAGAAUGUGAGAAAUGUUUUAUUACUAAAGACAAACUAAGGACUCAUCAGAGGAGUCACACAGGAGAGAAGCCAUAUUCAUGUUCAGAAUGUGGGAAAUGUUUUACAGAUCAGUCAAAUCUUGUUGCACAUGUAAAAAGUCACACAGGAGAGAAUUCACAUUUAUGUUCCGAAUGUGGAAAAUGUUUUACAACUCAGUCAAGUCUUGUCAGACAUAAGAGAAGUCAUAUAGGAGAGAAGCCAUAUUCAUGUUGAAAUGUUUUGUAGAAAAGUCAAAUCUUGUUAUGCAUGAGAGACGUCACACAAGCGAGAAGCAGAAUAAAUAGCAUUUGGGAAAUAUUUUACAACUUUAUCAAUUUUCACAGGAGAGAAAUUCUAUUUUCAUAAUGAGGAAAUAUAUUACAAGUAAACCACAUUUUGUAACCCAUGACAGAUCACUAAGGAGGGAAGCCAUAUUAAUGCUCAGAAUGUGGGAAAUGUUUAAUACUAAGGUCAAAGAAAUGUUAAACGAAUCAGACUCCCUACUUAUGUACUUGCCGAGCAAUAGGGAAAAUGCCUGCUGCUCAGUACUUAUCCUGUGGAUGUGGCUGUCUUCAGGUCAGGGGUCAUACUGUAUGUACAUCACCAUGUACACUCUGCCAGGUGCUGCGAGUGUUCACUGAGCAGGAGGCCUACAAUGUAUGUCAGGAUUCUGUCAUACUGUAUGUA